UUCAAGAAUACGUACCAUUUACCCAUUUUAAAUGGUACCAACUGUUCGCACGAGCCAUGGCACGGUGCGCGGUGAGUACCCUACGGGUACUGACAAUGUGGUUCAUCUCUUUGAUGGUACUCGCGGUCCUGGCAGGCGGGGGCGUCGAUGCUCAAGCGAACAAUGUGUGCCCUACGUUUGAUGAUUACUACACUAUGCAGAACAAUACGAACUGUUGGUACGAUUUGGGAGCGGAUUACGUAGCACCAGAAAUAAUACAUUUGCUAGGCUAUCCAGUUGAAACCCACAGAGUAGUUACCAGGGACGGAUAUAUCCUGACGAUCUUCAGAAUUCCUAACGAUGGUCAUAAGAAUCCGCAUGCAAGAAAACAUCCUGUAUAUUUACAACACGGACUGGUUGCUACGUGUAACAAUUUCUUAGCCUUACAAAAGGAUUCUUUGGCUUUUGUACUUUGGGAAGCCGGAUACGAUGUGUGGUUGGGCAACUACAGGGGGACAUUCUACUCAGAAGAGCACCUCAAUUUGACAGUCAGAGAUCAACAGUUCUGGGACAUGAGUAUGGACGAAGUAGCUUUGAUAGAUUUACCAGCUAUAUUUCAUACCAUACUGUCACAUUCAGAAGAAGGUAGCCAAAUCAUCUACGUCGGUCAUUCCCUUGGUACGACUUUUGCCUUAAUGUACGGCAGUGAAUUUCCCGAGGAAGCCAGAAAUGUCAUCAAAAUGUUCGUACUGCUCUGCCCAGCGUACACGUUGACCAAUAUGAUCUCACCCUACAAGAUAUUCGCUCCUUAUGGCGAUUGGGUAGUGGAAACUGUAAUGGAGUUAAGAUUACAACGAAUCGUAUCACAAUCCAAAGAACUUGGUAGAUUAAUCAAUGUCCCUUGUAUGGAAUCUCCACCAUUAAUGAGAGUAUGCAUGCAGCUUUAUAACUUAUUUUACGGUGCCAAAGCUGAUUUUGGACCGGAAAUAAUUCCAGUUUACUUUAGACAGCUCCCAGGUGGUACAUCGAUCAAGAUAUUGAACCAUGCAGCCGACUUAGUAUUAGGAAACUUCAGAAAAUACAACUACCCACCUCAUAUCAAUUUUCUAAAGUACGGCACUAAAGAGGCGCCACUUUUUGACGUUUCUAAAAUCCAAGUUCCUACUUAUAUCGUUUACAGUACGCAGGAUUGGGCUACGCCUGAAGCUGAUGCUAGAAAUCUCUACAGGAACCUCAAUGAAAAAGCCAGGCACGGUAUAAGAAAAAUCGACUUACCCGAAUUCAACCAUAUAGAUUUCGUCAUGGGAAGACAUGCUAGGCAAGUUGUCUACGAUCCUCUAGUACGUGUCAUCAAUGACGCAAUCAUACCCGAUGAUUAUGGAAAAUAGACCUAAAUAAUAAAUUAAUUAAUAGGCAAUAAUUAAAAACAGAUGUUUAUAAUUAAAAUAAAUACAUUUGUUCACUAUUAAAAAAGUUACCAUUAGAAUAAUUAUAUUAAUGCACAGGUAGCAAAUUGUAUAGACUGUUCCGGCAUUGUUCAACGUCACGUCAUGUACAGGGUUGUUCACCACUUAC